AACAAACAAUACAAGUCAUGAGAGAGACGCGUAUAGUACCUGUGUUUUUGAAGUCCUACAAGAGUCUGUCUACCUUUCAUGUUCUUUUGUUAAUUAAUCUGAGGAUUUAACCGAGUCAUGAGCAGCGAUGAUGAGGACCUUCUCUGCUACACACCCCUACAAAGAUCCCAGGUGUCCUUCACACAGAAGAGACCCAGAGGAGACUUCAAGCCCUCCAAGCUCUCCCUGUCACGUAGCAUCACCCAGAGCCAGACCACAAGCAACAAUAUUAAAGUGGAGAAGAAAACGGUUAACCGCACCCCGAAAAGAACCUCCCUGAGUCGACCGCAGCCCGGGACCAGCAACGAGGUGGACACGAAACCGGUCAUAAAAACGUCUCCUAGCAAAUCUCGGAGAAGGAACAGCAGGAACAACACCCCAGUCAAAUCGCGUGCAGACAGACCCGACGAAAACAGUACGCCCGCUGAACUGGCCCGGUGGCGUUUUCUGUAUGGUUCUAAAGAUGAUGACUUUGAGCAGAACCCUCAACUCCACGCAGUAAGAGAACCAGAAGAAGGGGCACAGGAGGCACAUGACACUCUUCCCUCCUCGCAGAAAAGGAAGAGUGACGCAGAGGAGGACAUGAGUGGGAGUAAGAAGUUCAAUGGAGGCGUCUGUCCCCAUUGCAAAUUUCCAUGUAGCUCCCUGGAUUUGAAGGCCCGCCAUUUAAAUAUCUGUGAACAUAAGGACCUCUCACAGCUGUCCAGAUGCUCCCUUGGAUCCAGAUGCAGUGCAGCCUACGAGUCACACUACUGGACGUACGGCCAUGGGGAUCAGCCCUCGAACAAUACAUUUGGGGAGUCUUCAAGCGUCGCAAACAAAACUGGAGCAAUGAACAACGUGGUGGGUCUCGUGGACAGUGAUAGCUCGUCAACCAAAGACUCCGGUUUCAAUGGUGCAUCUGCUCUCUUUAGCCACCAGAAAUCUCCACCUCCGUCGCCUGAUUACCUCUCGCCUUCUGAUUCCGAGGGAGGGGAGAGUAUGGCAUUGUUUGACCUCAAGUCGAUAAAGCACGAAUUCGCCGCACACGCAACAAAUGACUUAAGAAGAGACUCUGUUGAUCAUACGAGGAGAGACUCUUUAGAUCAUAGAAGUAGAGACUCGAUAGAUAAUACAAGGAGAAACUCUGUAGAUCAUACAAGCAGAGACUUGCUAGAUAAUACAAGAAGAGAGACUAUUGAUCAAGCAAGGAGAGACUCUGUUGACCAUACAAGCAGGGACUCUAUAGAUCGAUCAAGGAGAGACUCUACAGAUCACACAAGAAGAGAGACUAUCGACCCUACCAGAAAAGACUCAAACGCCUCACAAGGAACCCCAGAAUCCAGGACAUUGUUAGACACGCUCGUACCCAACAUUGAGCUGAUUGAAGACGACCAACUCACGGUUGUUUUCAACCAGGAUAAGGAAUCGGAUAAGUCUUCCAUCUUCAGCAAGGAGGAAGUGGAGGAGGAGAACCAACCACCAUCUCCCGUGACCUGCCCCCAAGAAACUGAGAGGGUGGACUCGAGAACACCUGACUUGGAGGACAUUAGGGUUGUGCGAGAUCAAGAGGGCGACUUAGACGACUCGGAAGGGGAUGAGCUGAUCGGGAGUGUGGUGGAGGAAGCGAUAACGAACCAUGUGAUCCCCACCAUGGAGAAGGUGAUGAAGUGGAGGGAGGAAACUAAAAAAGCAGGACUCAAAGCAACGCCUCCUACUCAAGAAAGUAGCCCGAGUCCCAGACCGAGGAGGCCCCAUAAGAAACGUUCCUCGCCGCCUCCCUGCAUUCAUAUCCACUUCCACGAGGCCGGCCCAACCCAAGCCCCGACCACAUCCAACGGCAAAGAACGGGGCCAGACCAGCAUCCUACAGUUCUUUAAGUCGGCAAAAUCCAGCGGGGAAAGUGGCUGCACAUGUGCGGCGAAGAAACCAGUGGCCAAGGAGGGUGCUGCCGCGUGGAAGGGCUUGAUGGGACGCAUGCAGAAGAGGGAGCUGGUGCCUUUACCCAGUGUCUCGGAUAGUUCCCAGGACCUGCGCAGUGAAGCCACCAGUAAAAGUUGGAGGCAGAGAUCAGAAAAAAAUACCUGCCCGUUCUACAAAUACAUCCCGGAUGCCAGUUUUGUCGUGGACGCCUUCAGCUACGGCACCAUCGACGGGGUGAAGGGUUACUUCCUGAGCCACUACCACUACGAUCACUAUGUCGGCCUCAGGAAGAACUUUGCCCAGCCCAUUUAUUGCAGUGAGAUUACAGCUAAACUGGUCAGCAAGAAAAUUGGCGUGGCUCAGCGGUACCUCAACCCCCUGCCCAUGUGGGAGACUCGCCAGGUGCACGGUGUGGGGGUGACGCUGCUCGAGGCCAACCACUGCCCCGGGUCUGUAAUGUUCCUGUUCUCGGUAAAGCCGGGCGUCACACACUUGCACGUUGGGGACUUCCGCGCCCACCCCUCCAUGGAGAGCUACACCGCCCUUCAGAACUGCCCCAUACACACCCUCUUCCUGGACACCACUUACUGUUCCCCGGAGUAUGACUUUCCGCCUCAAGAGAAGAUCCUCGAGAAGUGUGUGUCCAUCGCCCAGAAGCACCAGCAGGAGAACAACAAAACCCUCUUCGUCGUUGGCUCGUACACAAUAGGGAAGGAGAGGGUGUUCAAGGCCAUCGCUGAGAGUCUGAACUGCUCCAUCUGGGUGAAAAGUGACAAAAAAAUGAUCCUGAACUGCAUUGACGACCAGGAGAUUCUGUCGCGCCUCGCCAAUGACAAGAAAAAAGCGAGGGUCCACGUUCUGCCCAUGAACAACAUUAAAGGACAGUUCCUGGGGGACUACCUGAACCAGAUGAAGCCGUUCUUCACGGAGAUCGUUGGGCUGUGUCCCACGGGCUGGGAGAACACCCGGGGGUCCAGUGGUGGAGGCCUGGACCAGAUCACGCCCCGUAACCCAUUCACUGAUGUCUACAUAUACGGAAUCCCGUACUCAGAGCAUUCAAGCUUCAGUGAACUAAGGAGGUUUGUGCAGUUCAUAAAACCACGGAAAAUACUUCCUACAGUUAACAAUGGCAACCAGGCAGCCAGGAAGAAGAUGGAAAAGUUCUUCAGCGAGUGGCUGGCAGGGAGACAACUGUUUGGCCAACACUGAAGCUUUUAAUUCUAAUUUGACAGCUUUGUCUCCAAGAGAGAUUAAAUAAUUUUAACACUAUAGCUUUGCUAAGGCUACAGGAGAGGGCUGGCUAUCUCUCACCAAGAAGCUGCCGUGAGCCAGAUCAACCUUGCAACAUUUUGGACGCAAGUGGAACACUGUACUAUAGAGCUACCCAAGGCCUUGCUGUAUGUAGAGGGCAGCACUAUAGUUUCUGGACCCACUCUUAAGUCAAAUCAGUGGCUCCAGAGAGAAGUGCUGAUGAGUACUGUGCUGCCCUCUACAUACAAGCAGUUUAAAAAUAAGGUCGUGUUUGGCAGCAUGGUCCCCAAGAAGAAAAGUCUAGUCUGCAUGAUGAAUUGGUUGGGGUGCAGGAGCAAGAUAAUUUAAUUAAACGAGAUUCAAUUAGCGGUUUAAGAAGUCAUCUCACUCAUCAUCAAACUUACAUUCCACAUUGUGCCUUUGAACUAGGUUAAGCUGUGGGCAGCACAGGAUCCGUCCCAUCACAAAACUAACUUCAGAAAGAGAUAGGAGAGAGAAUUUAAGGAUAGGACUUACGCUAAUAUUUCUAAGCCUUUUGGGGCUCACACACCCACAUUUGAUAAAGGCUUUUGUAGUGAUUAUAGAUAUUUCCAUUAGUAUUAUUAUGAGUAUAUUCGGUACUUUAAGCUUUCGUAUCCAUUUAUGUAGGAGAGUUUGCUUAGAUUUAAGAUGAGUUGUCACAAAGCUUACUACCAAAAUGCAGGUACAGUGGGAGGUGAGCCAUCUGUCUUGCAGCUCAAAAACAAAACAAAAACCAUGUGCUUCUAUAUGGGUCAUUAGCUUUAAUCACUCCCUACUGUAACAGUCAUCAGUAUAUCUUACUCAAAGAGAGAGCAUGUAAAAACUGCAAUAGUACAAUAAUGGCAGUUUUAUACAAAUUUGAUAAUAUAUAUU